AUGAAGCCAUUCAGCGAAUGCUGCGCGCCGUGCUGCCCUGGCGACGGCGAAACCGAGCAGGCUCAACAGCAGCAACAACCAGGACAACUGCCUCCCGGCAGCCGUUUGGUUUCGGGAACUAUUGCUCAACAGGGGGAACCAAGAUACCUUGAGCCGCUCGUUCAGGAACGCAUUGUGGAAGUCUUGAAGCACGAAGUGGAGGAACGCAUCAUAGAGGUGCCUCAAGUGCAAUAUGUAGACCGCAUCGUUGAAGUUCCCCAAACUGUUGUGCACGAAAAGAUUACCCACGUCCCGAAACCCGUCAUCCAGGAACGUGUUACGCAUGUUCCAAAAGUGGUUUAUCAAGAAAAGAUAGUUGAAGUGCCUCAAGUCAAGGUUGUCGACAAGAUCGUUGAAGUGCCUCAAUACGUAUACCAGGAAAAGAUCAUUGAAGUGCCCCGAGUUGUAGUGCAGGAAAGAGUUAUUCCAGUCCCCCGAAAGGUCGUGAAGGAGAAGCUGAUAGAGAUUCCUGAGGUAGAAUACCGCGAUGUCGCGUUCGAGCAACCGAUUGAGGUUACUGAGGAGGUCAAAGAAGAAGAAGUGGUUGAGAAGCCCUAUACCCAGGUUGUGCAGAGACCCUUUGAAAUGGAAAAAGUUGUCGAAGUGCCUCACAUACAGCAUACAUACAGGAACGUGAUGACUCCCCAGUACAGACAUAUUCCCAAGCCAGUCGAAGUUCCCAUGACCCAUUACAGACCAAUCCCCGUUGAGAAACUCGUUGACCGUAACGUUCCAGUACCUGUUGAGCUUCAGAUUGUGCAGGAAUAUCUGUGCCCGAAGAUAGAACCGCGCUACAAAGAAGUCCCGGUCCCUGUGCACGUCCAACGAACGAUUGAACAUCCAGUGCCGAAGGAAGCCAUGGGGAACCCGCAGCUUCUUCCCUUAUACUAUCAAGGAAGCAAGGAACAGUUCAAGGGAAGCUUCCAGCCUGGUGGUGUUUGCUACACAAUGUCGUCUUGGUGUGCUCCUCGAGUAGACCAAGUUACAGAAGCUACAGCCGGAACAGUCGAAGUGCUUGCCCAAGCUGGGUACCCACAGCAGCAUAUGGGAGCUCCCCAUCCUCAGGUGCCCCAAGAGCAGCAACAGCAGCAGCAGCAGGCUGAGUACACGGCUUCCGAACAAGCAGGUCAACAACAGCAACCCAUGCAAGAGGCAGCGGAGGGGGCGCAGUAUGCUGGAACAGAACGCAUGACCACAAUGCAACGUGAAAUGCUCGCUGCUGCCAGUAGGCCUGCCAACCCGUAUGUUCAAGUGUCCGUCACUCCCGCGGGUCCCGGCCAGAAAUCCGAAGUAAACAUACAAUAG